AUGAGUUCUUCAGAUUCAGAAGAAGAAUUGUCAUUAUCACAAUUACAAUCAUCAAAAUCUUCGAGGGAAUCGAACUCACCAUCAACUACUCCAACUACAAAUGACUCAGAUGAUUCAGAUGAAGAUACCCCAUUAAAUCAAUCAACUAAAAGGAAAAAAAAUUCAAUUGAUUCAGAUGAAGAAUAUGAUGAUGAUGUACCAUUAUCCAAAAAGGCAAAAACUAAUGGAUCAGCAAUUAAAAAAGAAUCAAAAUCAAAACCAAAACCAAAAUCAAAAAAGGAAUCAUCAUCUAAAGUAACAAAACCUAAAAAGGAAGUAAAACCAAAGAAGGAAUCAAAAAUUAAGAAGGAAACUAAACCUAAGAAAGAAGUUAAACCAAAGAAAGAGAAAACACCAGCAACAGAUAGGGACACAGCGGAAGGGGAAGAUGAAGAAGAAGAUGAAGGAUAUAAAUGGUGGGAAGCACAAGAUGAACAUGAUGGAGAAAUUAAAUGGACUUCACUAGAGCACAAUGGUGUUAUGUUUCCACCAGCUUAUGAACCAUUACCUUCUUAUGUGAAAUUAUAUUAUGAUGGAAAACCAGUAAAUUUACCAUUGGAAGCAGAAGAAGUAGCUGGAUUUUAUGGUGCAAUGAUUGAAACUGAUCAUGCUAAAAACCCAGUUUUCCAAAAGAAUUUCUUUCAAGAUUUUAAACAAGUUAUUAAAGAAUGUGGAGGAUUAGGUGAAAUAAAAAUUACAAAUUUUGAGAAAUUAGAUUUUACUAAAAUGCAUUCAUAUUUUGAAAAACAAAGAGAUGAGAAAAAAGCAAUGUCAAAAGAUGAAAAGAAAAGAAUCAAAGAAGAAAAAGAAAGAAUUGAAGAACCUUUCAAGACUUGUUUAUUAAAUGGUAGAAAAGAAUUAGUUGGAAAUUUUAGAAUUGAACCUCCUGGAUUAUUUAGAGGUCGUGGUGCACAUCCUAAAACAGGUAAAUUAAAAAGAAGAGUAUUACCAGAACAAGUUACAUUAAAUUUAAGUGCAAAUGUACCUGUACCAUCACCACCAGAAGGUCAUAAAUGGGCUGAAGUAAGACAUGAUAAUGAAGUUACUUGGUUAGCUAUGUGGAAAGAAAAUAUUGCAGAUUCUUUUAAAUAUGUUAGAUUUGCAGCAAAUUCAUCAAUUAAAGGUCAAUCAGAUUUUAAAAAAUUUGAAACUGCAAGACAAUUAAGACAUCAUGUUGAUGCUAUUAGAAAAGAUUAUACUAAAAUGUUAAAAUCAGAAAAAAUGCAGGAUCGUCAAAUGGCAACUGCAAUGUAUUUAAUUGAUGUUUAUGCUUUAAGAGCUGGUGGUGAAAAGGGGGAUGAUGAAGCUGAUACAGUUGGUUGUUGUUCAUUAAGAUUUGAACAUAUAACUUUGAAAAAACCAAAUAAAGUUAUAUUUGAUUUCUUAGGUAAAGAUUCAAUAAGAUUUUAUCAAGAAGUUGAAGUUACAGAUCAAGUUUUCAAAAAUUUAAGAAUUUUUAAAAAAUCCCCCAAACAACCAGGUGAUGAUUUAUUUGAUCGAAUUAAUCCAUCAAUGGUCAAUAAACAAUUACAAAAUUAUAUGAAAGGAUUAACUGCAAAAGUAUUUCGUACUUAUAAUGCUUCCAAAACAAUGCAAGAUCAAUUAGAUUUAAUUACGAACGAAGGUACCGUAGCUGAAAAAGUAGUUAAAUUUAAUGCAGCAAAUAGAACAGUUGCUAUAUUAUGUAAUCAUCAACGUACAGUUAGUAAAACUCAUGGAAAUACAAUACAAAAGAUUAAUGAUAAAUUAAAAGAAUUUUUAUGGCAAAAAAUAAGAUUGAAAAAAAUGAUUAUACAAUUAGAACCAAAAUUAAAAAAGAAAGAUCCAAAAUAUUUUGAAGAAAUCGAUGAUUUAACAAAAGAAGAUAUUCAAUUAAUUCAUGAAUCAAUAAUUGAAAGACAAAAAGAACAAGCAUUAAAAAAAUUAGAAAGAGAUAAUGAAAAAUUAAAAAUUGAAAAAAAACCAUUAUUAAAAAAAACAGAUAUAAAAGAUAAAUUAGAUAAAAUUGAGGAAUUAUCAAAAGAAUAUAAAAAAGAAUUAAAAACUGGAAAAUUUGAAAUUUCAUCAAAAAUAACAAUUGAUAAAUUAAAAACUCAAAUAGAAACAAUAGAAAAUAGAAUAAUAUCAACAAAUUUAUCCCUAAAAGAUAAAGAAGAUAAUUCAGAAGUUUCUUUAGGUACAUCAAAAAUGAAUUAUAUAGAUCCAAGAUUAACUGUUAUGUUUUCUAAAAAAUUUGAUGUUCCAAUUGAAAAAUUAUUUACAAAAACUUUAAGAGAUAAAUUUAAAUGGGCUAUUGAAUCUGUUGAUGAAAAUUGGAGAUUCUAA